GUGCUAGGCUCCGAAGACAUGUUAGAACACAUGCCGACUCAGCCGGGUGUCAAAGAAGUCGUCAUUUCCGUUUCUGUUAUGUUCUCGAUUGUGACUUUAGCAGUCGCGUUCCGAGUCUGGGUAAACGCACUUGUUGGAGCGUAUACACGAGUGUCUGUUCGAGUUAGCGAUGGGUGUGUGGGAAUCGCGUGGCUGUUCUACACGGUUGGGUUUGCUAGUUGUAUAUGGAGAUCGGAAAGGGAGAUGGCCUACAAGCAUGCCUUGUUUUUCCCCAAGGCUCUCAAAGAGUUAGCCGGUAAGGUAAGGUUAUCUUGGUUUGAUCCCAUCGUGAAUAUCAUAACUGCCGUCACUCUGAUUAACGUUGUCUUGCAAAUAGAUGGCUGUGGUUGAAACAAUGAUGUACUAUUCUUCCUUGUGGAUGGUCAAAGCUGCGUUUAUAUCGAUGUAUUUCGGGGUAGUCACCAACGUCUCAAAACGACUGAGAUACCUAUUAUACGCCAUGACGGCCAUCGUCUUCGUUUCAUACGUAGUAAUAAUUCUUACAAGUGUUUUUUCUUGCUGGCCUUUCUCGGCGAAUUGGUAAGUAUAUUUGACCCUUUUGUACUAGCAGUUUCUUGGUCGCGCCAUUGCAGUGACCUCUAGCUAACGUGUCUACGAAAAGGGCCGUUAACGAUGGGGCCAUCGUCCCUAGAUGCCAAAUGAUUAACUCGCGUACUUUCAUCUACACAACCGUUCUUAAUGCUUUCACCGAUCUCUUAAGUGCGCUCGCGUCUGCCCUAGUUUUUCCACUUCGUCAAUGACUGACGGAUAUCCAGUUAUGGGCAUGCCUUUUCUUAUACUACGGCUCCACGCUCUUCAGCUUCGCGACGUCUGGGGUCUUUCAUUUCUGCUCCUCCUUGGCUCAAUUUCUAUUGUUGCAGCCACUGUGCGUGCCGUAAACAUAGUGCCGAUUGACCAAUUCACGAUGAACAGCCUAGCCAACACUCGGAAGGUUGAGAUUCUGUCGUUCGGCGAGCUUGUGGCAGUCUUUUUUGCUGCAUGCGCACCAUCAAUAAGGGCUCUUAUACACCGAAAUAAGAAGAAAGGGGAAACAUCUAGGUAUUUCUCUGGUAUGGACCGCUCAAGUAUCACCGGAAGCUAUGAGCUGGAGGGCGUUAUCUCAUUAGAACUGUCAACAAAGCAGCUCCCCGAGAUGCUCGAGGACGAAUUCGGUCUUGUGGAUAAUAAAGCGAGGGAGCCAAGAGGGGAAUCGACACGGGAGUGUGAUAUCGGGGUUGCUGUAUCGUUUGAUGACGGUUAAGCAUUUUUACAGUCAUUCCCCCGCUUGGGCUGUACUUUUGGGGGCGUUGAUUUUGUUUCUAUUCCUCGGAUUUAGCCGGAAGAGUUGAGUCUUUUGCUCGCCACGGUAUUAAAUCACAAUGAUCAAUGAUAAUAUUAUUCGACCGCUCAGACAGCCGAU